UUUCUAUUUCAUCAUCAGAUUUCUAAAACAAGGGAUCUAAGAUACUACUGUUCUCCUGAUGCUGCUUUUUUUCCUUUCAUCAUGUAAGAAGGGCAAAUUUUCCUCUCACCUUGAUACCAGCCUAAGCAGGUAGUCUCAAAGAGGAAUGUUCUUAUGUCCUGGAAGAGGCUAGUCAUUCCACGUGUCAUUUUUCUUCUGUGAAGUAAACCGGGAGAGUUAAGGCCUCUAUCCACUAUGUCUUUCAUAAGACUACGAGAAUUCAAGGAUCGCAAGCCUAUCCAGCAUCCCAGAUUGUGUAUUCUUCAUCAAGGAAAGUACAUCAAUGGAUAUUAUACUGGGCAAUUGGCAAAACUCCAUUAUGCUAAGGAACUUCAGAGACCUCCUGGGCAUCCCGAAGACUGGAGACCUUAUUACCAGCCAAAAAGUUCUUAUCAAGUUCAGUUUGACCAAAUAACCCUUACCAACUACAUUUGUCAUCGAAGGAAGGAUCAACAACCAUUCAAGGGGUGGUACAAUGAAACCACUUACCAAAGAGCCUUCUCUUUGCCAUUUUACAAAUUCGAGUCAGACCAGAUUUUAGCCACACCAGUACUUGAUCCGAGACCACUUAACUCCCUACCAAAGCUCUUCUGAUGAGAAGAAAGCUUUUGAAAGAAGUGGAUCUGAACUCCAAUAAUAAUUCCCCUGGCAGGCAGAGUAAUAUUUGGUAUUCUCAGUUUCUGAUUAAAGACAAUAGUAGCAAAAUCAUGUCUAAAGGCAUAAACAGGAGUACUGAAUCCUAAAACA